AAGGAGUAGGGUCGUCGCCGCCUGCACCAAAUGACAGAAAAGCUUCGUUCGAUGGACAAAAAUUGAAUGAAACCCUAGAUACGUUCCCCAAAUUCCCAAUUCCCCAACUCAGUCUCUCUCUCUCUCUCUACUCUCGGGGAAUUCAUUGGGUAUCUGAAAAACCAGAAAAGGAGGUUUCGAUCGCGACCUGUUCAGCAGAUUUCGAGAUCUCCUUAGCUCUGAUUCAAAAGGUUUGAGAACGUUUUUCACGCGGUUUGAUCAAGGCCGUUUCCAGGGGCUUUGAAAGCUGAUAGAUACUUUGUUUUCUUGAUCGAACCAUGUUAAUAACAAAGAAAUUGCGAUUAUUCUCAUGAUCAUUAUCUGAAUUCUGAACCUUAUUUAGAUUAUCAUCUUUGGCUGAAUCUUAUUCAAAUCGUGUUGGUUGAUGAAACAAAUCCUGCUUUUCUGUUGAUAAAAAAACUAUUCUGCUGUUUUAAUGCAAUAGGUUUGAUAUUAAUAACCUACUCAGGGUUCUUAUUGUUUUUUUUGGUGGAUGAAUAGGGGGUCUUAUUGUUGGUGGAGUUGAAUGGCAAAAGAAAAAAAGAUUUAAUAAUAUUUUCUGGUGUUGAAGUUGUGUUGUCUUGCAAGUGGAGUGCAUCUUGAACAUAUUUGAUGGAUGAUGACUGUUCCGAUGGAUAACUUGUUUGCUGCUCCAUCACAGGAGCUUGUCCAACGUCUUUACAACAAGAAUAUUGAGUUGGAGAAUAAGCGCCGGAAGUCAGUGCGAGCCAGAGUCCCUUCAGAUCCCAAUGCAUGGCAACAAAUGCGUGAGAACUAUGAAGCCAUAAUUCUUGAGGAUCAUGCUUUUUCCGAACAACAUGAAAUAGAGUAUGCCCUUUGGCAAUUGCACUACAGGAGAAUUGAGGAGCUGAGAGCACAUUUCAGUGCUGCUCUAGCUUCUACAGGGAACACUUCUCCAGGUCGGAAAGGCCCUGCUCGUCCUGAUCGUAUUGCUAAAAUCCGUUCUCAGUUUAAAACCUUCCUUUCUGAAGCAACUGGAUUUUAUCAUGAUCUAAUUUUGAAGAUUAGAUCAAAAUAUGGGCUGCCUCUGGGUUAUUUCUCUGAUGAUCCAGAGAAUCAAACAAUUCUGGCAAAAGAUGCCAAGAAGUCUGCUGAGAUGAAGAAAGGCUUGCUUUCCUGUCACCGUUGUCUGAUAUAUUUGGGUGACCUUGCACGAUACAAAGGAUUGUAUGGAGAGGGUGAUUCCAAAACUCGUGAUUAUACAGCUGCUUCAAGUUACUAUAUGCAGGCUGCUUCACUGUGGCCUUCAAGUGGCAACCCCCAUCAUCAGCUUGCCAUUCUGGCUUCUUAUGCGGGAGAUGAUUUGUUGGCAAUUUACCGGUACUUUAGGAGUCUUGCUGUGGAUAGUCCUUUUACUACUGCGAGGGACAACUUGAUUAUUGCAUUUGAGAAGAACCGUCAGAGCCACUCACAGCUACCUAGGGACACAAAGACUUUUGUCAAGGCAGUUCCUGUGCGAAUGACAGGGAAAGGAAGAGGAAAAGGGGAAGCAAAGGUUUUAUCGAAAGAUACCAAAACUCAAGUCACUUCCAACAAGGAAAUAACUAUACCUGAUAUUUUCAAAGCAUUCUGCAUUCAAUUUAUCCGGCUAAAUGGCAUACUUUUCACACGAACUAGCUUGGAGACCUUUGCAGAAGUCUUCUCUUCAGUUACCGGUGAUCUGCAUGAACUUCUUUCUUCUGGACCAGAAGAGGAGCUAAAUUUUGGUUCAGAUGCAGCUGAAAAUGGUCUUGCCAUUGUCAGAUUUGUGGCGAUUCUCAUAUUCACAGCACAUAAUGUGAACAGGGACGUUGAAGGCCAAUCUUAUGCUGAGAUAUUACAGCGUUCAGUUCUACUUCAGAAUGCAUUUACUGCUGCAUUUGAGUUUAUGGGACACAUCCUCAAGAGAUGCAUACAGUUGCAAGAUCCUUCGUCAAGUUUUCUCCUUCCUGGUAUUUUGGUUUUUGUGGAAUGGUUAGCUUGUCAACCAGAUAUUGCAGCUGGCAGUGAUGUCGAGGAAAAACAAGCUGCUGCUAGAUCAUUCUUUUGGAAUGAAUGCAUAUCCUUUUUGAACAAGCUCAUGUUGAACAGUUUAGUCUCUGAUGAUAAAGAUGAGACCUGCUUUUUCAAUAUGGGCCGGUAUGAGGAAGGGGAAACUGCCAACCGACUUGCAUUAUGGGAAGAUUUUGAGUUAAGAGGGUUCUUGCCUAUUCUUCCGGCACAACUGAUAUUGGAUUUCUCGAGAAAGCAUUCCAUUGGAGGUGAUGGUGGGAACAAGGAGAAAAGGGCUCGUGUACAAAGGAUUAUAGCUGCAGGAAGAGCCCUUGCAAAUGUAGUACGGAUUGAUCAGCAAGGAAUAUAUUUUGAUCAGAAGCUGAAGAAAUUUGCUAUUGGUGAUGAGCCUCAAAUGUCUGAAGAUUUCAUGCUUGCUAAUUCGGAUCUAACCAUGACAAAUGGUAUGACACCAAAUAUUACUAUGGAUAAAGAAUUGAACUUGGGUAUUGUGCAACCAAUAGCACAGUACGUGGAAGGAGAAGAGGAGGAUGAAGUGAUAGUAUUUAAGCCAACAGUUGCUGAGAAACCUGGUGCUGGCAUGGAUGCUCUGAAAUGGCCCUCGUAUGAGAUCCUUGAGCAUGCCGAAAAUGCUCCCAAAGCUGAAUGGAGUGGUUAUAUGGGAUCUGUUUCAGCUCCUCUUAAUAACCUUUCAUUGCAUAGUGCUUUGGAUUUCAGUUCUCGAUCACCUGUUGCUUUUCCUAAUAUUGUACCCCAUCAUCUGCAACCAAUUAAUGUAAGUGCUUCAAAAUGGCUUGCGGAACAAGGUGAUUCUCUUGCUAAUGGGAUUAACAAUAUAAGCUUUGCUGGCAAUGGACUAGUUCCGAAACCCGAUUUGCAGGGUGGCUUCAGUGUUGUACAGUCUCAUGCGCCUUCACUGACCCUUCCUCCUGGGAAUACAAUUAAUGGGAGUGAAUUAUCAGGUCAGACAAAAGCUGCAGAAGCUGAAAUACCAUCCAAAUUUGAUUCGAUCAUGUCGUCAGGAGCAACUGUUGACAGUCUUAUGGUGAAGCCAUUCUCAGCAUUGCCACCAAAUUCAAGGAAGAACCCUGUGAGUCGACCAGUUAGGCAUUUUGGGCCUCCACCAGGGUUUAGUCACGUUCCUUCUAAGAAUUUUGAUGAAUCCAUUGCGGGUUCAGAUUUGAAGAAUGAGAAUUCACUAAUGGAUGAUUAUAGCUGGCUUGAUGGAUAUCAGUUUUCAUCUUCGACCAAUGGCAUUACACAUAACUCCAUAAAUCACAUGACAAAUUUGACUCCACAUCUCAUGAGCAGCAGUGGCUCGACAGGGACAAUCAGCUUUCCUUUUCCUGGAAAACAAGCUCCUAAUGUGCAGGUCUCAGUGGAAAACCAGAAAAUCCGGCAGGAGUACCAGCUUCAGGAGCAACUGAAACUGUACCAGGGGCAGCAGCAUCAGCAGCAGCUCCAGCAUGGGAAUCAGCAAUUUACUCCGCAGCCGGAGCAAUAUCAGGGACAGUCUCUGUGGGCUGGUCGUUUCUUUGUGUGAGGUUCUUAUCAGAGCAUAGAUGGUUAUCAAGAAUCUGUUAUGGUGAUUGCUCCAUGGCCUGGUGCUACUCAUUUCAGCGUCCACCUUUCCAGCAGCCUUUUCAAUGUUGCUAAAUUUAUGUUGGAGCAUGGAUGGUCUUGGAGUGCUGCAGGCACUUGCUUCUGAUUUAGCAUGCGUCAUGCUUUCCGAACCGAAGGAAUCCAGAUGGUGAACGGGAUAGUAGUUGAUUGGAAAUUCCUGAGUAAUUAUAUGCCUUGUCAAUGGGCUGGAAAUUCUUAAUGUUCAUCAGCAUCUUGGAUGGGUUGGUUUCGUACCACUUGUUUCAAGAAGUUUGGUGAAGUGAGGAGGAUUACAUACUACUAGACUGUGAAAUUGGUCUUGCUGUUGGAGAAAAUGUUCGUUAGUCAUUCUCAUCAUCAUCACUGUCAGCAGCAGUAAGUAGGUGGGAUUGAUGUUAAGUUAGAUACCGCAUAGGGUUGCAGCUGCCUGCCUUGAGACAACCAUCGGUGCUCGUGGUUGCUGGGGAGGGGUUGGGGUAUGGAGAAAGUCCAAUGGGACAUGAAUGAUAAAUACGUAUUGAACCAAAAUAAUAACUCGAUUGGUAGUCGAAGACUCAGAAACAGUUGUCUUUCUUUAUAUGUCAGUUUGAUUUGGAAGGAAUUGGAACUUUAAUAAUGUCUUAAUCUAGUUGUUUGGAAUA